GUUACACCACAGACGAGCUGUGUGCGGGCCGGGAUGAGAGGAGCAGUGAUGGAGCAGGUGCGGGGUGAGAUCUCUCGGACAGCUCUGACCCUGGGAGGAGACACCACCGCAGGGACAGACAGAAUGCAGAGGAGGAGAGCAAACCCUAAAAAGAAUGGCAGAACAUCAUGCCAUCAAGGGCAUAGACCAGACUGGCAUGUUGGAUUUAAAAUACAUAAACUCCACCAAAGACAGAAUGCAGAGGAGGAGAGCAAACCCUAAAAGAAUGGCAGAACAUCAUGCCAUCAAGGGCAUAGACCAGCCUGGCAUGUUGGAUAUAAAAUACAUAAACUCCACCAAAGGCAGGGGUGUGUUUGCAAUGGCACCUUUUACAAAGGGGGAAUUUGUUGUGGAGUACCGUGGUCAACUGAUUGACUUCACAGAGUCGGAGAGGAGAAGGAGAGUAUACAAUCCAAAAUGCUCUGUCUUCAUGUACGACUUGAUGUGGCAUGACAAGAUGUGGUGCAUCGAUGCUGCCACUGAAGAUGGGUCCUUCAGAAGGCUCGUAAAUGAUAACCAUGUUGAUCCUAAUUGCAAAAUGAAAAAGAUCAUCGUUGGGGAAAAACCACAUCUGUCUUUUUGUGGACAGAGACAUAUACGUAAUUUCCUCUCCUACGUUUAACUAUGGAGAUAGCAAUUGGCCAUGGAGACAAAAGGUGGAGACCCCCAUCAAGCAAAUGGAGGUAGAAACGGCAACUAUGCAACAGGAGGAGACCACACCUCACGCUUUGAUGUCUUCCUUGGUCUACCAGUAUGUUUGCCUUUAACAACCUUCCCAUGUUGUUUGUAUUUGGUCCAGAGUUUAGACACAGCUGACUGUGAACAACCAACAUCUUUUGCAACA